CCAAAGCGCACGAUCCCUGUCUCUCCCGAAACUUACAGAACACUUUUGGAGUAACUAUUUGUGGAUAAAACACAUAAAGUUUAUCGGAUUAACUCCUUUUGUUGGAAUAUUUACACUUCGCCGCAACGGAGCAGCUCUGAUCCCUGGUCCUGAUGCCCUCCCCCCAGCCCCCCGUCGUACCUGUGCCCAGAGGAGCAGACUCUGUCCUGGGCUGUAGCUGAGCCGCAGGCCCCUGGAGGAGGAGGAGGAGGAGGAAGAUUCUCUGAGGCUGUGUCACUCAAACAUGAACAAACUGAGCUUCCAUAAUAACAAAACCAUGCAGGACCGCCGCUGUGUUUGUGUCUUUUUGCCCAACGACGAUACUCUCAACGUCAUCGUCAAUGUGAAAACGUUGUGUCAGGAGCUGUUGGUUCAGGUGUGUGACCUCCUGCGGCUCAAGGACUGUCACCUGUUUGGGCUCAGUGUGAUUCAGAAUAAUGAACAUGUUUACAUGGAGCUGGACCAGAAACUCUCCAAGUACUGCCCCAAAGAAUGGAAGAGGGAGGCCAGUAAGGGCAUUGACCAGUUUGGGCCUCCGAUGAUCAUUCACUUCAGAGCUCAGUAUUAUGUAGAGAACGGGAGACUCAUCAGUGACCGUGUGGCUCGGUAUUAUUAUUACUGGCACCUGAGGAAGCAGGUGCUGUUGUCCCAGUGCAUCCAGAGAGAGGAGGCGUACUUCCUGUUGGCCGCCUUCGCUCUUCAGGCUGAUCUUGGAAACUUCAAACGAAACAAACACUUUGGGAAAUACUUUGAGCCAGAGGCCUACUUUCCCCCGUGGGUGAUAGAGAAGCGUGGCCGUGAGUACAUCCUCCGACACAUCCCUCUGAUGCACAAAGACCAGUUUGCUCUCACCGCCUCCGAGGCUCAUCUCAAAUACAUCAAAGAGUGCGCUCAGCUGGACGACGUCACCGUGCACUACUACAGACUCUACAAGGACAAAAAAGAAGUAGAAGCCUCUUUGACUUUAGGACUGACUUUACGUGGGAUCCAAAUAUUUCAGAACGUGGGCUCAGUGAGACAGCUUCUGUACGACUUCCCCUGGACCAAUGUGGGGAAACUAGUUUUUGUGGGUAAGAAGUUUGAGAUCCUCCCUGAUGGUUUGCCCUCGGCGCGUAAGCUCAUCUAUUACACCGGAUGCCCUGCCAGAUCCAGACACUUACUACAGCUGCUCAGUAACAGCCACAGACUCUACAUGAACCUGCAGCCGGUGCUAAAGCAGGUCCGGAGACUGGAGGAGAACGAAGAGAAGAAGCAGUACAGAGAAUCGUACAUCAGUGACGCGUUGGAGCUGGACAUGGAUCACCUGGACAAGCGCUCCAGAGCCAGUGGGAGCAGUGCGGGCAGCAUGUCCCACUCCAAACGCCUCUCCAGACACUCCACCACCUCCCACGGCAGCUCCCACACGUCCGGCAUCGAGGCGGACAGCUUCAGGGCUCCAGGACACGGACCACACAGACCCCAAAGGACCAGCUCCUCCACCACGUCCCACGGAAGCUCCCACACCUCAGGCAUCGAGAGCAGCGGAAAGGACAGGGCGCUGGAGGACGAUGAGAUCGAGAUGCUGGUGGACGACCCUAAAGACUACGAGGAGCUGCAUGAGAUGGUGUUGGACCAGGACCUGUGUAUUCACAUCACAGAAGACAUGCUCACGAUGUCCCCAGACCACACCAACGGAUACUCAGGUCUUAUAGUGAAAGACAUCAGCUCGUCCACAUCCAGCUCCUCAGAGACUGUGGUGAAGAUGAGAGGACAGAGCAUCGAGUCACUGCCACAGCAGUCUGUGAGCAAAAAGCCCCAGUCCUCCACAGACCGCCACAGUCAGUCCCUGGACGACAUCCGCCUGUAUCAGAAGGACUGCGCUCAGUGGGCGGAGCUAUGCCAGGACACCGCCCACAGCUACACCUUCGGCUGUGCCCAGGAGCUCAGUGACGGGUGCACCUACCAGGGCCUGGGAGAUCCAUCUGCGAGCGUCCGAAACGACCCACAAUCCUUCGCAAUCAAGAGGACAAACAAGUACUUUUCUCUAGAUCUGACCAGCGAAGAGGUCCCUGAGUUUGUGGUGUGAAAAUCAGAAAUCUGAUUUGAAAAUGAAUUCAAAGUAACUUAACCCAAGAGGAAUUUGAACUCUCAGGAAACUAUACAAGAGUUUGGUGACUAGAAAAUCCCAAAAUUACAGUAAGCUGCCUAAGUUUAAGCUCCUGAUGAUGUCGAAUAUAAAGCCAACCACGUUUUGUAAUUUUUCUCAUCAGUGCAAAGAUUGUGAUUUGCUUUUUAGACAAUUCAAGAUUCAAAAAGAAAUUAGUGAAAUGGAAAAAUUCAGGGAUCUAACCAGAGAAAGCCAGACCUUUUUAAAAUACCCUUUCUAAAAUCAUCACAUCAUAUCAUUUGUCUCUCAAGUUUGUACAAUGAAUCGGCAUGUGUUUUAAACCAGAUGCCCUCCCUGAUGACACCCCUAUCGACGUUUAUCCAAGUGUGGGACUGGUGCAAAAAAGGCUCGAGUUGGCUGGACUCUUCGUGAAUGGAUUGCAUAAAGCCCGCCCUUUCUGUGGAUAACUGGAUUUGAUUGGUCGAAAAAGUUGUCAGUUUCAAUAAGAGGAAUUGAAUGCGUUUUGGCCACUAUACUUUGACAGAAUUUUGGGUGGAUUUCGAACAGUAAACACUAAUUUAACCUGUGUUUUGUCUAACCCGAGCUGCGAAAGGAGACUAAAGGGAACAAUUUGUAAAAGAUUUUAAAUAUUUACGUUUAUUCUUUCGCUUUAAGAAUUUUAUAUAUUAUCAAACAAACUCGGAUUUGAAGAGAAAUUAUGAGCUACAAACCAAAGACAGUUUCAACAUGACUGAAGCUUUUGGGAAAAUGGACCUUGAGAUUACCCACAAUGCAUUGAGCAAAAGCCAGUGAAGCCAUCUCUCAUCCAAGUCACGUGACCACAAAUAUCUAUGUGCCUUUCUGUAGCUCUCUCUCUCUCUCUC